UUUUUGCAAAUAGAUUUAAAUAGACAAAAGUUUCGUAUUAAUAAUAAAUCAUAAAGUGUUUCAGGAAGGUCAGCUGAAGAUAGAAAAGAAAUAGUCAUUGAAUUAUAAAGUCCCUAUAAAAACGUAUUAUUGUCAUUUUUUUCUUCUAUUGUUUAAAACGCGCAUGUGCAACGUUCGUGACACUAUAUUCUACAUUCGCUUUGAUCACUGAUUCAGAUAAGUUAAGUGGAAUAUAGAAUGAGUAGCUUGGAUAUCAUUCUAAAGCAAUGGUCAAAUUAUUCUAAUAAACAAUUUUUUCUUUUUAAAAUUGAAAGGAAAUUUUCAUAUUUCUUACAAAUUUGAUUACAGUAUUAAAAAAAACCCCGUUUCUUUUAGUUUAUGUUUUAAUAGAAUAUUUAAUGCGCACCAUUUUUGCAAUUAUCAGUGGCGGGAAAACGGAGUUGUACUUGAACUUGAAUUUUCAACUGUAAACUCUAAAGGAAGUGUAUUUGUUUAUUAUUCUUUUCGAUAGAAUGAAAUAUAUUGCGGCUCUUGACGUUGGCACGACUACUGUGCGUUUUCAUCUUUUGAAUGAAAAUGCUCUUACCAUUGCUUCUUAUUCUAAAAAGGUAGAACUUCUGUAUCCGAAGCCUGGAUAUGUCGAAAUUGAUCCCGAUGACCUAUGGAACAUUAUAUGUGAAGUAAUUAAAAACACAAUACGAGAGAGUGGAAUUGAUGCAAAAUCUAUCGCUUGCAUGGGAAUAUCAAGUCAGCGUAGUACGUUCGUCACUUGGAAUCUAGAAACUGGAAAUCACUAUCACAAUUUUAUAACAUGGAAAGAUUUGAGAGCAGAUUCAAUGGUGAAGGAAUGGAACUCGUCUCUAACAUUAAAGGCUUUACGAACAGGAGCAAAUAUUCUUUAUACUUUUUCCAGAAGCAAAAGAUUCUUAGCUGGAAGUGUUUUGAAGCUAAUGAAUACUCAGACAACUUUGAGAUUACUAUGGGCCCUUCAAAAUAUACCAGGACUUCAUGAAGCUGCCGGAAAAGGGACCGCAGUCUAUGGAGGAGUUGAUAGUUGGCUUUUGUACAAAUUCACCGGAGCGCACGUGACUGAUGUUUCGAGUGCUUCAGCUACUGGCCUAUUUGAUCCUUUUACGAUGACUUGGGCCGAUUGGGGUUUAAAUAUUUUUAAAUUACCUCGAACACUAUUUCCAAAAGUAUUGGACUCAGCGGGGAAUUUUGGCCACAUAUCCGAAGAAUUAUUUGGAUCUAAAAUUCCCAUUUUUUGCUCAAUGGCUGAUCAAGCUGCCUCUUUGUUUGGAUCAGGAUGUUUUAAACCCGGUGAUUUAAAAGUCACAAUGGGAACGGGUUCUUUUAUGAAUGUUAAUACUGGCAAAGAACCUCAUGCAUCAAUAACUGGCCUGUACCCGUUAGUUGGCUGGCGAAUUGGUUCUGAACUAGUUUAUGUUGCCGAGGGAGCUGCUAAUGAUACUGGAUCAAUAAUCGAAUGGGCAAAAUUUUUAGAUAUUAUCAAUGAACCUUCGGAAACGUCGGAUUUAGCGAAUUCAGUUGACGAUUCGGAUGGUGUUUAUUUUAUUCCUGCUUUCAGUGGUUUACAGGCACCAAUCAACGAUCAGUCAGCAGCAACAGGAUUUUUAGGACUGAAACCAACGUCCGGAAAAUCGCAUCUUAUUCGCUCUUUACUCGAAAGUAUUGUUUUUAGAAUAGUCAUUUUGUACCAGACAAUGGUUUCUGAGACGCAAUUUUCUUACCAAAGAAUAAGGAUCGAUGGAGGUGUAUCGCAAAACGAUUUUGUAAUGCAACUUCUGGCGGAUUUGACAGGCUUAGAAGUGGAAAGAUCCAGAGACACUGAAAUGUCAAUUUUUGGAGUUGCUCUCGUGGCAGGACUGCAAGCCGGAAUCUGGAAAACGAAAGAGGAUUUAUUGCAUUUACGAAAAGUCGAUAUUUUUAAACCAAAUAAUGAAAGACAUUUAGAAUACGAAACCAUUUUUAAAAAAUGGAAAAAGGCUGUCGAUAGAUUUAGAAAUUGGUAUUAAAAACUGUGAAAGCUACAAAAUAUUUUAUACAUAAUUUUGAUACAAAAAAGGACAUUUAUUUUUGUAUGUGUGUAAAUUCAAAAAAUUAUAAUUAUAAAAUAUUAAACUUAUUGAAAUAAAAUAUAUUUCAAAUGCC